AUGAAGAAGCCGCAGAGAGAGCGAGAGGGGGCAGCUGAUUUCUCUCCCCCCCGUACUGUUCCCUGCCAGGUUUCCUGCCCUCUUCACUGGACUCCUUCGGUGCCUCUGGCAGGGACCCCUCGGCGGAGUCGUCCAGGCACAGGGGGUAAAGCCCCGGACAGCGAGCAGGCGGCGCCCGACGAGGAGGACGAGGGUCCGGACGUGAAGGCCGUGCAGGCCCACUACCUGCGCAGCCCCUCGCCCAGCCAGUAUUCAGUGAUAUCGGACACUGAUACAGAGAGCAUCUUCAUGGAGCCAAUCCAUCUGUCCUCUGCUGUCGCUGCCAAACAAAUAAUCAGUGAAGAACUGAAGACAAAGGACGCCAAGGAAGAUUCCGUGUGUCCCAGGAUGUUAGAGUCUGCGCAGCAGCUGAUGGUGGAAGACCUCUACAACCGAGUUAAAGAAAAGAUUGAUGACACCAGCUUGUUUAACACGCCAUGUGUGAUGGACUUGCAGAGGGCGCUUGUGAAGGACAGGCUGGAGACCCCCAGGGAUGCUGUGGAUGAAGUCUGGCCUAAUGUCUUCAUAGCAGAAAAAAGCGUUGCAGUGAACAAAAGCCGCUUGAAGAGACUGGGGAUCACACAUAUCUUGAACGCAGCUCAUGGUACAGGUGUAUACACAGGACCAGGUUUCUACAACGGUCUGAAUAUCCAAUACCUGGGCAUUGAAGUGGAUGAUUUUCCAGAUAUGGAUAUCUCCAAACACUUCCGCCCAGCUGCAGAAUUCCUCGAUGAAGCACUGCUGACUUACAGGGGCAAAAUCCUUGUCAACAGUGAAAUGGGAAUCAGUCGCUCAGCUGUGCUGGUGGCUGCUUACCUGAUGAUCUACCAUCAUAUGACCAUUCUGGAGGCUCUGAUGACUCUAAGAAAGAAGCGUGCCAUUUACCCCAAUGACGGUUUUCUGAAACAGCUAAGGGAGCUCAACGAGCAGUUGUUGGAGGAAAGAGAGUUGGACCAUACUGGAGAUGACGAAGUGACUCCUAGUCAAAGUCCUGUUGUCCAUGCAGGGACUUCGUCCCAGCUGUCUGGAGCUGGGGACUCAGAAAGCAUCAUGGGAGCCAAAGCCCAUUCCAUUACGGUAGAAGAAGAGGACACCAGCAGCCUGCUGAGUAGUACCCUCAUCAGUGAGGAGGAAGAGGAACAGUUGUAUGAGGAAUGGAGGAAGAAACAAGGCCUGCCUGCAAAGGAACCAGGAGUUAACCAUGGAGGAAGAACAUCUCCAAGGCUUCUGGAUCAGGAAGGGGAACAAUCUGAGGAGGAUGUGGAACAGAGGAUCCAUGACUGGCAGCGCAGAAAUGCGAAAUACCAAAUGGAGGGUCCACCCAGGGAGGAGGAUGGAGAUUCCAGCAUGGGAGGAAGACCUUACCGAUCAGGUGAAUUCAGUGAUGUUGAGAGUGUGAGCAGUUUUGAAAUCCGAACCCUAAAACAACAGCUGGAAGCCAGUAGCUUUAGCAGGAUGAGGAGAAGCCGCACAGGCUCUGUGUCUUCAGAGAGCACUUGGGAUAUGUGGAACCAGAGGCUCCUGGAGAUUGAGAAGGAAGCUGCUCAGAGGUAUCGUUCUAAGAAUAAAAUUGGUGGGGAGAGACAAUCCCCAGAAACAGGAAGAAAGGAGAGGGAUGCAGAUGAGGAGAGUGUGUUUUCAGACAGUAGCUCCUUUUACAAUUUCUGCCAAAAGAACAAAGACAAAUUGACUCCUCUAGAAAGGUGGAAGGUCAAGAGGAUCCAGUUUGGUUUUCACAAGAAGGAUUUAGAAUCAUCAUCGUCUUCUGCACCAUCUCCAGCAGAAGAUGGCAGCGAGGCUGGUGGGGAGGGGACAGGAGGGAAGAGUUUGUCAGACAUUAAUCUGACAGCUUACCAGGCUUGGAAAAUGAAGCGGCAGAAGAAGGUGGGCAGUGAAAGCACAGAGGAAUUUGUGGAGUUUGCCAAAAGUGAGGAUUCUGCUUCAGCCAAAAAGAAGCAGAGGCGUGUAGAGCUCCUUGAACGCUCAAAGAAAAUUUUAGAAGAAAGUCAGUCCAUGUGCAGCUGGGAGACAGACAGCAUGAUGAGUGGGAGUAUCCCACUGUCAGCUUUCUGGCCCUCAGUGCCUUCUGCAAGCGGUGCCGAGGAUGCAGCUUCUGCACUGAGCAUGCAGACAAAUCAUUCAUCUUUACCACAGACCAGGAGCAGCACGGGGGUGAUGCAGCCUCAGCUGCCAAAUGUACCCCUUCCCAAUCUCCCAGUUGGCCCAGGUGACACAAUAUCCAUGGCAAGCAUUCAGAACUGGAUCGCUAACGUGGUCAGUGAAACCAUUGCUCAAAAGCAAAAUGAGAUCAUGAUGCUGUCCCGUCCAUCAUCUGCAAUGGCCUCCAGCGUAAUGUCAGGAGACCUUGGCAGGCGUGUAGAUGAUGAUAAGGUUUCUCUUCUCAGUGCUCAGAGUGGCUCAUCUCUUGCUGCCUCCCAGCUUCGCCAGCAGGACACGCACAGAGCUGGGUCUCAGUCUGUCCUGUCUUGCAAUACCUCAGUGAGCACAAGGACAGAAGGCACUAGUUCAAACAUGAAGACAACACAGACAAGCAAGCCACUGUACAGCCUCUUUGCUGAUGAUGUUGACCUAAAGAAACUCAGGAGGAAAGAGAAGGAGAUGCAAAUGGAAAUGAGAGAGAAAAUGUCAGAUUAUCAAAUUGAAAAGGUGAUCAGAGACAAUAAACGCAGCACUUUAUUUAAAAAAAAGAUGACCAAAGCAGAGGAAAAUGAAAUAGAAGAUGACAGAGAGAGUAUAACAAACAGCCACAGGAGCCCCUUGCAAGCAGAUCUUGACAGAACUGAUACAGUCUUUGAUCUGCCCCAUCAACCUGCAAGCACAGGUGCACCAAAGUCAGAGAUAGAGACUGACAUCACCAAGUGGCUCAGUGGCCUGAAAGCAGAAAGAGAACCACCAUCAUAUUAUGAUCAGAGUGAGAAGGCUAGAGAGAAAUAUAGCAGAUCAUCCAAAGUGAGAGAGACGGAUUCUGAAACAUCCAGUUACAGCUUCUCCAGAUCCCAAAGGGAAGAGCUAGACAGCUGUUCUUCCUACGAGUCAAAAGGAGAUUCACUGAGAACCAUGUCAAGAUUUUCCUCUGCUUCUGCGAAAGAGGACAAAAAGAUGUAUAAGUUCACAAGGUCAAGGGUCAGUGAGACAACAAGUUCCAGAGAAAAGAGCCCAGAGCUGCAUUUUUUCAGCCGAACACCUGAACCAUCCUCUUUCUCUGAAUCUCCUGAACCAUCUACACAGAGUCGAGUUAGAUCUCAUCGUGUGGAGGCGUGUGAAGAGGAGGCCAGGUCAGACACAUCAGAAUUUGGAGCUAAGCGAAAGUUCACCCAGAGCUUUUCAAAGUCUGAAGAGGAUGGAAAGAAGGAGGCAAAAGUGGAACAAAGUGAAGAAAGAUUUGCAUCUAGACAGUUCUCUCAGUACAGGCGAAGCGUUCGUAAAGAGGAAGAAGAGAUGGAUGAUGAUGCCAUUAUCGCUGCUUGGAGAAGCCGACUAGAAGAAACUACGGCAAAGCUCCGGCGGAGAAGGGAAGAGUGA